CAUCAUUCCAUGAUUCCUCACAACGCAUGAGUUUACCAGAUAUUCCCCCAGUGCCUCAAGUUUCGGCCUGUGGCCAUCGACCCAUAGAGACGGAACUCUGCAAUGACGCUGCCCAAAUUGGAGAUCUCGUUCAAGUUAGAAAGCUUGUUCAGCAAGUCCUCCAUAGCGAUGGCUCGUCAUAUGGAAAUCUCCAGCCUAGACCCGAAUGGUUUCGCAGUUCCGUCGCCACUGCUAUUGAGCAGCAUGAACUCAACAUAGUAGAGUACCUCGUCCAUGAAAAUGUCGUCACUCCAGAUGAUCAAUAUUUUGUGGAGCUCGCCGUACGUUGCCAGACGUUUGAUAUCCUGGAGCUCUUCCUGCAGCGAGGAUGGGAUAUCAAUAAACCUCUGCAUCGUAACCAGCCACCAGUAUUAUGGAUUCCCCUCUGUGACGGACAGAAGCAGAUGGUCAAAUGGCUGCUAGAUCACGGCGCAGACCCGAACGCGCGCUGCGCCUGGAACUACACGCCAGCAUCACAAGCUAUGUUAUGCGCACCUCUAGACCUCAUUGAUUACAUGUUCAGUCGUGGAGCUGAUGUUGCCUACGGCGAACUAUUACAAUGGGCUGUCAUUAGAGAUAGGCCGGACGCUUUGGAAGUAGUGAAGCGGGUUGUGGAACGUGGUGCACCAAUAAAUAAGCUCAAGUAUGAAGAUGAACCUGCAGUGUUCCUUGAGAGGAAGAUCUUUGGCUUAGGAACACCUUUACAUCGUGCAGCAGAGGACGGGAAAGCGGAUGUCGUACGCUACUUGCUCGAGCAAGGUGCCGACCCUUUGAAGCUGGAUAGUAAAGGGCAUACGGCACGGUACUGGGCUGACCUGAAUGGACAUCCGUCCGUAGGCAUUCAGCUUAUACACGCAGAAGAUCAAUGGUUUCCCCGUCUACAACGGAGAGACUCAAGCUUAGAUAUGCAUGGAACCAUCACGACUGUAUAUGAGGACAUGGUCUAUCGGUAGCUCGAAUGGCACGAGCUUUGGAGGUAAAUAAUCACUGCAGAAGCUGUCGUAGGCUUCAUGACAUGAUAAAACGACCAUAUAAACGGUAACGACAGACCUUACAAGGCUAUCAUGUGCUUCCUCUAGCCAGUAGUCAGUCAGGCUGUUAAUGUGCCAAUACUGUCCAAUAGAGAGGCGGAGUGUUGCAGGUUGUACCACCGCAGCUGGUAGGGUCGUCCGCUUCCUUAUAGUUUUAUACAUAUGUCGAGGGUUUGGGGCAGGUGUAUGUCUGUACGAAUUGGGAUUUGAUGUGCCUGCAUACGUAGAACGUCGUAGUUGAGUCGCACACCCUAAGACUCAUUGCUGAACAAGAGAGGCUCUCUAAUUACUGUCAGGUCUACCUUACUGUUAGAGUUACCUUGCUAGCUUGUGUGUACUUAUGGCGAGAUUAUAAGUGUGAAGGUGAGCGCGCAAGUUGAUAGCAGCC